AUGGCCGCCGCAAAUGAGGGCCGGUCCACGGCACGAGCUCUUUCCAACCUCCCCACCCCUACAACCCUCCAACCCCCCCUCCCGUUCUCCCCGCACUCACUGCCGCGACAGCACUGGACUCUGCAUCGACGUUUGGUGCUGUUCGUGUCCGUCGGUGUCUUCAGCGGCAGUGGUAAGUUGAGUGUAACUUAUAAAAUAGUGAAU